AUGGUUACAGCCAAUGCUGCCAGGAAGUAUUCACGAGGAGCUUAAACGCAGAAGGUGUUAGCUUAAUGCUAACGGUUGAGAAGUGAACAAAGUUCGUUUUCAUUAAUAAAAUAUAAUACGAUGGCGUCUAACUCACACGACGAGCUUCAACUCAGCAAGAAACACGAAGAAAUUUUGGGGAAGAGAGUUGUUUUACUGCAACAGAUGGAGAUUUGUUAUGAGGAGCAAAAAGCCAAGAAAAAGCAUCACGCCACUAUGUCUCAAGCUGCACGUGAAAGGAAUGCAGAAAUACUGGAGGAUUUCCAGAAAGCAGAAGAACGUCUUCGGACACGUCCGCUUCUUCAUCCUGAUGUUCUCAAUCUACAGACUCGUUAUUGGGCCUCGGUGGAUCGGAAGCUUCCAGAAUGGGAAAGCUACUUGCUCGGUAAGAGGCGAGCCCCGAUGAGUGAAGAGAUUAUCCCACAAGGACUCCAGGAAAAGGAAGUUACUGGAAAUGACUCUUCACCUUUACAGAGUAAGGGCAGACCUCCUCGACCCAAAGACAGGUCUGCUGACUGAUUUGAAUUAGGAAAAGGUAGGGUUCAACCAAGGAUCUCUGUAUUAGAAGGUAAUUUCAUGCUAGUAUCUAAAAUUAUGAGAGAUACAGUGACCAGGUUACAGUGCUUUUUUUUAAAAUUAUUUCCAUGAAAGCGUGCAUCUGCUGUUAAUUUUUUACUAAAUUUUUUUAACGCACACUCAUAUAGUUUUUUAACGCACACGCAUACAGUGAGCGUUAAUGAAGCAUUCAAACUGUUUACUUGAGAUUUUGACACUUGACUGGCUCAGUUCAGGCACGAGUAUUUAAAAGUAUUCAUAAGUGUAGGAGGCAGUUCCUUCAAGCAUGGCAUUACACAUUUCCAUAUGCUUCCUGUGUGAAAUCGAAACAUCUGAGAUGAUUCAUUUGCUCUUGAGAGGAAGUGCAUAGAGCAUAAGAAAAGUUUUUUUGGUUUAUUGUGAAGAUAGAAAUGUUUAAGUUGUGCCUUUGUGGACAGUGAAAAUUCCUUUAGGCCUUAUAAGGCAUCUCCAACCUUAAUAACUCAAAAAAAAAAUCUGUCUCUCAGAUAAGUAAUUGAUAUAAUGAACAUAUGUGAAAGCAGACCAGCUUUUUCUAAAUAUGACCUGACCUGAUCGCAAGGCUAAUAACUGUAUCUGUCAAACAUUACAGGUGGAAAGUGUAAACCUGCACUGUACACGUCUUUCCACAAGGUGGCAGUACAGGCUUCUAAUGAAACAAUCCCUAUAACACGUUUGUCAUGAAUCAUAUCACAAACAUAUAGUAUCUAUAUUCAGCAGGAAAAAAUCACAUUUUUAAUGAAUUUAUUGACAUCUUAUGGCUUAAUAAUAGUUAUUAUUAUUAUUAUUAUUAUUAUUAUUAUUAUUAUUAUUAUUAUUAUUAUUAUGACAAAAUAAUAGGUAUUCCUGUAUUUUUUUAGGGGGGAUAAAGAAGAUGAAAGUUAUCUAGUGUAAUAUCUCAGAUGCAAUAAAAAGUAUAUAAUGUAUGUUUUGAUAUAAAUUUUUUUGAUAUAAGGACCAUGUAUGUUUUAAAUUAAAACAUGUUGAAUAUUUAAUGUAGUAUAUGUAAUAAUAAAGAGCCAUUUUCAUAAAGUUUCUUAAAGCAGAGACUCUGCAGGUUCAAGCACCACAAGACGCCUGUUUUUAUUGUUUGGAUGUUUUGUCCAUAUAAUUAUGUACAUAAUGUAAUCUGUGUGUCUGUCUUCUGUUGUUGAAAAAAAUAAGGAAUAAACAAAAGCAGUAGGUGUUCAGUAAAUUGGCAGGAAAUUACUGGACAUAUUACUGGACAUACUUGAAUAAUGAUCCUAAACUUUGAACUGGAUUAUGUUCUUAAAGUAAAUCUGAGGUAGUUUUAAAGAGGUGCAAAAGUUUAAGAACCUGUGUCAUAAGUCAUGCAUAGACCUUGUUUGCAUUCAGUAUUUAUUGCAUUUUUUUUUCAUGUCCCGCAAACCACCAUGGCACCCACGUGCAGUCACCACUUGCAAGUAAUAAUUAUCUAAAUCAAGCUUGUAUGUGCAGGUCUGUUUUGGCAUGUAACGUAAUGAUGAGGUCAUGACUUCUUUAUUGCUCAAAUCCUCAACGAGUACUUUCUCUGUUCACAGUAAUUGCUCUCUUUUGUCUCGUUGAAGGCUGAUUCGAGGUCGCCACUUGCCAUAUGUUCACAAUCGGAAUGAGUUGCCCAUUCUAUAGCAUGAGAUUAGGUGUCUUGAGUUGCUUUGAUACUUUUGAUGCUGUGUGCAGUAAAGUACUGAAUUAAUUUGUGUUCAGACAGAUUGUGAUGAUUUUCUUGCAGCAAAUUGAGUGUACUGCACUUUCUAAAUGGCUGCUUCUUUACUCAUUUCUUUCUUUCUAUUGCUACAACAUUCUCUGUCUUAUUACACUCUGUACUGAGUGACAUGGCAGUCCCAGGAUCGAGCCCUAAUUGCAAUGAUCAAACCUGUGCUGGGUGACGCAGAGUGGCGGCUUGACAAAUGCAAUCAUCCGGAUGGCCGGGGUUGAAGUGGAGCUGCUUGGCAGCUGCCCAUGUUCCUCAGCUGGGACUUGCUCUUACGCCGGAGGUCAGGGCACCAGUCGCCCUGAUGAGUGGGUAGGGAACGAGCGUCUGGGGUGCCAAGGUGGGGGUAGUUAUCAAGAUGUUGAAUUAUCUAAAAGGAUUUUGAAGAGCACGAUCUGGAGCCCUUCCAAAUGACUAGUUAUGAGUUGUGGAUAAUCAUGAAGGAAGCCCUCAAGCUAGGUUGGCCAUGGACACCACUAUGAAGGACAGAAUUGAGUGCAGGACAAACACACACCUAGGCUUCUGCCAGCUCUCCAUACCUGAUGUCUUUAUUUGAUUACUGGAGUGUUAUUACAGCUGAUUUUUUUUGUACUGAUUUUUUUGUGUAGGUAUUGCUAUUCAUGUGUUUCUUUCUUCACAAUAAAAAAAAACAAAUCCACUUUAAUUAACUAUAAUUAUAUACCACUAAUUUUUUUGCCACCUCAUAGCCUGCUUUAAAAUAUUAUGUUUAUUGAGACUGCAAACACUUGUGACUGUCCUACACCACCUGUUAUUUGGUCAUUCAACAGCACAUUGUACUUAUAAUCCUGCAUUGUACUUCCCCGAUCUUAGCCUGUGUGUUAAACUGAAGAUCAGCUUUAGGGUAGAUCUGCAGGUCUGAGUUAAUUAACCUCCUUCCUUUGUGACACAAGGGAGUGGAAGUGAAGGGGGAAUCCUGGGUCAGAGGAUUAACACCGGACAUCUCGGCAUUAGGUUUCCUGCUAAACAAUGAGACUGUUUCCAGAUCAGUUUUCAAUAGUAUCCAGAAAGGACAUUUUAAUAGACUUGUGUAUAGACUUCUGUUGACUGAAUCCUUGCACAGAUGUUUUCUCCUUGGUGGAUAAGCAGCCCUAGUUAUGUUCCCAUUUAUUUUAAAUUGCCAGGCUGUCUGCAUUGAUAGUUGUCUAAUGGGGGAUUUGGGAGGCGGAGGCUGAGGCUGAGGCUGAGGGGAGACUGGUGAGAGCUCUAGUGAAUGAGGAGCAGAUUGUUUUGAGGUCAGGCCUUCGUCUUUUUUCAACAGACUGUGUGUAACGUGUUGGGCGAGAGGACAGAAGUUCCCCUUCAGCUGCCUAGCCUCGAGGGCCAAAGACUGCUUCUGAACGGAGGUCAUGCCAGAGACUGACAUUGAUGUUAUUCCAGAGGGGCAGAGAGCCCACGUUCUGCUCCCAUGCUGCUGCCUGGAGACCUCUAAGCCAUAAAGCACCUUCUCAGAGCAUGCCCUUGAUGAUUUGAGCCCUUGUGGGUGUGUAGGAUGGCUUCAACUCAAAAGUAGAAGCCGCCUUCACACUCACUGAGGGUUUGGAAGAGCAUAAACAGCUGAUGUAUGAGGUUUUAUUGAGACAUCUGUUCAAUUAUGUAUUGUAAUAUCUUAAUUGUUUAUAAUUAUAUAAAUUAUAAUAUAAAAAUAUAAAAUAUAAAUAAAUUAUAUAUUUAAAUUGUGAACUAAUGUACCUUUAAUUCCCACAUUUUUAGAUGUGAAAAUUUUCCGUUUUGUGACAAGCUCCUUUUAGUGCAAGCUCAAAAAUAUACUUAACAGAUUGUGGAAUCUUUAAGCCUUUGUUUGACAUUAUGCUUGUAUCAGCAGGCCUUGAGACUUACUAUUGCAAAUGUAAAAAUGGCCCCGGAACAAGAACCUGGGCAAAAAACUGGAGAUAAUAGGCAUGUACCCAAACAAAUGAACAAUAUCUGCAAAUUACCCUUGAGUCUAAAUUGUCUAGAUCUGCUCCUGGAUUGAUGCAGUGACUUUGGAUCAGUUUGAUGCAGUGACUUUGUAUUCCUGAACAGUUUUUGCAGCAUGGUAGGGUGCAUUAUCCUGCUGAAAGUGGCCACUGCCAUUGGAGAAUACCGUUGCCGUUAAAGAGUGUACUUGGUCUGCAAUAACAUUAGGUGCUAUGGUGUAAGAACCACCAGUAGCCCUUCUUGGGACAAAUUUUGGUAGGUACUAACCACUGUAUACUGGAAAAAACUCCACAAGACCUGUCUUUUUAGAGAUACUCUGACUCGGUCAUCUAGCCAUCACACUUUGGCUACUGUCAGAACCUUACGCUUGCCUAUUUUUCCUGCUUCCAACACAUCAACCUCAAGGACUGACUGUGCACUUGCUACCUAAUAUACCUCACUUGGUAUGUGUGUAAACUGGUUUGAACUGAGUCUUGGUGUAUUAUGGUUUUAUCUAUUGUUGUUGGUUUUGUUGUUGGUGGUAAUUUUUAUUUCUUUUCUUUUUUUUUAACAAAAGUUUUUUUUUAAUUUUAUUGAGUAAAGAUGCAAUUUCAGACAAAAUAAAUAAAAUUGUCAGUUUCGUAAUUCUUUCAAUCUUUGUUAAGUGUAGGAAUUGUUAAGUUUGUAAAUUUGAGAUGAUGUUGUGUAACACUGUACUUUAGGGCAGCACGUGACUACUGACACAAGUCUAAAAAUGUUCAUAAAAGUGUUGUUUGUUUUGA